AGUUGUUCGCUUUCGAAAGUUUCACAUCCGCAAGAGAGCGGCAAGACAAGACAAGGCAGACCAAAAGCGAAGUAGGCGAAGUGUCGCGCGCGAACACGGUGUGCUGCAGGCGAUGACCGCAUUCAUAUGAGUUUUUUUUUUAUAUUGUGAGAGUGCUGUCGUGUUCUUCUUCCUAUUAAGUGUGUUCAAAAAUGCUGCAUAGGUGAACUAUUCGAAUAAACAUAGUGUUGUGAUUGUGCUACUCUAUUCUGCUCCUUCUAAAUUAAUCUUUUAAAAGAUUGUAAAAAUGCCUUGCUCAGCGGUAACUCUGUCUAUAGCGACCAUUACAGCAAUCGUGGCUGCUGCUUUGAUGGCCAUUGCGUUUUCGACAGACAACUGGUUAUACAUUGAAGUUAAACGGAGUAAUAUUCAGUCGUACGUGACGAGUAACACGGACAACUCUCAGGCGAUACUGGAGAGUCUCAACAACAAGUAUUACUUCUACACACGAACCCGCGGCCUCUUCCGAGUCUGCUACCCCAAGGAGAGACCGCCUACAGUUGAAAUCUACCUAUCGCCUGUGGAGACACACUGCAGCAAUGUGGACUACUUCAUACCUGACGAGAAUAACGAGACCAAAGGAUUCUCUGACGAUGCCAUGAACAGGCUGCACAUGGCGCGGUCAACAGUGGCACUGUUCAUAGUGGCUUUCCUUGUACUGUUCAUUGCGUUCUGGACUGGCGUGGUUGGCUGCUGGAAGCGCAGUCCUGGCAACAUCACCGCGACCGCUAUACUCAUGCUUGUCACUUGUCUGCUGUCAGCGGGUGCAAUGGCUUUAUGGCAUGGCGUGGAGUUUUACGAAAAGGAGAAGGUGGUUGGAGAGGAGUACUAUCAGCAGUGGCCCAAUGUUUUAAAAGACAACUCAGCGAUUUGGUACGACUGGUCGUACAUACUCGCUUGGUUAGCCGUCGGUGUCUCCUUCGGAAGCUCCAUACUAUUCUUCUCUGCGGCCAUUUGUCUCAGCAAAGAGAAGCGCCGCGAGCAACAGAAUAAUGUGCAGUACAUAAUGCCAGUGUACCCACAAAAACAGCAGUACGCGUACGCGGGAUACCCGCCGCCUCAAGCGUACCCCGGACCUUACUACCACGGCUCCCAGUACGGGCCCUACAACUACUGAGCAUACGACCAGAUGAGGGACAUUGUGGCGGCGACCUUCGCCAACCCGGCCGCCCCGCAGGCACCCGCGCGCAACCCUUCCCCCGACAACCCCCCAAACAAACCAGCCUCCAUCCCCUCCUCCAUAGAGACGUUCAACUCCCACCGUAAAAUUAGACGACCCAAGCUCGGCGAUAAAAAAGUGUACCGCCCGGUGCGGCGGAACACGCUCUCCAGGAUAGACGAGGCGCCGCCGCAGACCAGGCCGCGUUCCAAGAGUCUGCAGAUCUCCACGGACUUCUCAUCGACGCGGCCGAUGGUGCGCUCCCGGUCUAACAUGUCUAUGGACACGAGUCGCAGCAUACCCGCCUGCAGCUACAGCACGCAGCACCAGCUGGAGACGAGCAGUCCGCAGUACGCGGAGCCUCGCGGCUACGACUCCUCGUCGUCGUGCGAGCGGCCCGCUUCCAUGACUGACCUGCCCAUCAUGAUCCCGCUGGACCCCGUCACCGGCGCCUACAUCCCCUACCCCGAGUACUCCUACUACCAGGACGACGCAGUCCGCGUCAAUCGCUACAAGUGGAAGCGCAACCGGGGCAUUAACACCUCCAAAUCAAACAAUCUUUUCCUAGCGUUCAUGUAUUAAACGCGCGGUUAUUACAUGUUAUGAGUUUCGAUCGAACGCCGUACAGUGUAUGAAGCCCAUAUCAAACUCGUCUUUCGCUUUGCAAAAAAAAUCAUACACUGCUUUCUUAUGGGCGAACCCGAAUCUGGUCGAAUGACGAAUACUUGCAUUGGCACCAUUUUAUAUAGGUUAGCGAAGAUCCGUUUGAAACGCUUCUCGAAUGUUCUCGCAGGACUUUUUAAAGGGACCUUCGCUCGGACCUCUGAGGCACGGCUUUACGAAACUCUUAACAGCACCGGACCUUUACAAUUUGCUGAUUUAAAUCCGUAUUCGAUUUCGAACAAAAUAUUUCCGAGAAUGUUUUUAGAUUUUAGUAUGAGAGGUAUCGAAGUUAUUGCGAAGGGUGACUUAAAAUAAUUUAGGAGUAAGUCGAAGCACUCGACUCCGCCAUAAGUGUAUCGAGGAACAAAAAUAUAUAGUUUUUAAGAUUAGAUAUAAAUAUAUAUCUUCAUAUGAAUGUAACGGGUGAUUGUGGAAUGUAAUUCGUAUUAGUGCCUUUUUAAUAAAUGCUCACUCUAUUAUUUAGAAUAUACAUAUCCUAAAGUAGUUCUAGUUUAGUUCAAUAUGUAUUUUUAUAAUCAAUUGUCAUGUCUAUUUGUUUCUAAAGACGUAGGUAGAAAAAAUUGUGAACAGAAAUUGUAUUAUAUUUUAAUAAUUUUGUCUUAGAAAUACGGGACAAGAGAAACUGACUGAGGAUUUAGUUCCGUCCUAACAUCGAACUGUUUGCUUGAAAACCUUUGUUUAAUAUUUUCUACGCUUUAGACGUAAUAGUAUGUUUUUUUUUGUAAAUGUAUCCUUUAUGUAUCUGAGCAAUUGUGAAGUUUUUUUUACCAUAUUUUCAAUUCGAAUUUGUAUUUAAAAUUGCUAUAAAAUAAAAAUUGUAAAAUAUU